AUGAAUCAAGUCUCUUCUUCUUUAAUCAGGGAAGUUAGAUCUAGCAUUCUCAAACAGGUACUGCUGCAACUGCUACAAGAUGAAGCUUCUCGAUUUUCUGGGUUUUCUUCUACUUCAUUCCAGAUUUGUACGAGAAGGACCGCUACAUGUUUAUAUCGCUGCAGUAGCUUGAGAUCGUUUGUUGGAGGUGUUGAAGAUGAAAAGAAGAACAAAGAAACUGAAAGCGAAUCGUUCACUAGGAACUGGAGUGCGUCCUCAGCUAGAUCUGAUGCUCAAAAAUGUGUCACCGAUCACCAGGUGAUGAUCAAAGAGAUCAGUGGAAGAGUGACACGUGUAGAAAAGGCCAUAAAGUCCGAAGACAUUCCACAAAUCUUGGCUGCGGUUCGAGACUUGAAGCAAAACCUCAACUACAGUGGAUACUCAUCGACGCAUCAUUUUUCUUUCCCAACUGUAUUGACCUACGGGCUUCUGAUAAGACGUGGCGGUAAAACCUCUGUUUGGAUGGGACGAAACCUCAGGGUUUUACAGAUGAAGUUGCUCAACAACGCUAAAGCCGACCCACUCCAAGUUCCUGAUCUGCUUGCAAACCUAACACUUGCAAGGACGAUGGUUCCAGUUAUCCUUUUAAGUCUGUGGGUUUAUUUCUAG